AUGUCAGUUCCUGUAAAACCCUUCAACAGCAAUAUAUUCACUAGAAGUCUUUCAUCGUCAACUUCAUCUCCUUCUCUUCAACUGAGUUCAAACAACUCACUCAACAACAUCUUGGAAGAAAACGGAUCACUCCAUUUAUCUGCAGCUGCAACCUCGCCUCACAUGUCCGCCACAAUAUUGUUACAAAAAGCUGCUCAAAUGGGUGCAACUGUGAGUAAUAGUAAUGCAUGCAUGGUUAUGACGGAUAAAACAACUGUCGCUACAAACAUGAUGGCACCGCCACCGUUAUUUGGUGUGGUGCAACAACAAGGGCAGUCUUUCAUGAACCACUACAUGCAACAGCAACAACAACCUCAGUACAUUAAUAAUAAUUUCAAUGAAAAUGUGAUGAUAAGUGGAUGA